UACAUGAACCCAAUAAAUAUUGUGCAACUACGUAUCUGGUGCUCCAGCAGUGGCAAUUGUGAUCUCAUCCUUCAAAUAAAGCACAAAGCUGAUUUCGGACUAAAUCAAAGGAAUCAUGGAGACUGUUUCAGAAACUGGUGUUUCAAAUGACUGUCAGACGAAUCCAGAAUUGAGUGAUAAGCAGAAGAAGAGAUCAGGAAAAAAGAAGAGAAAAUCGAGGAAACCGGAAGAUGAGUUGAAGAAUAAUGAUUCUCAUAUCAGUAGCCAAAUUGGGAACGCAGAUGAGGCCUUUUCAUCUCAAGAGAAAAAAGAAGGGGAAGAAGAGAAAUCCACCAGUGAAGAUCAUGUUCAGUUAUCCGAGAAUCUUUUGUCUUCAUUACCUGCAGAGUCCUGUCAACGAGAUUCAAUCUCAUGUGAAGAGCCUGGAGCUACACUAUAUCAUACAGAUCCAGUCAUAUGUGAAGAUUCUCUACCAGAUGCUAAUAGGAAAGAAAAAAUCACCAACAAAGACCAAGUUCAUCCACCCAACAAUCCUUUGUCAAACGGUAUAAUACAAGAAGGUUCACAUGAACACACUCAGGAUUCAUCUGAGAAGCCUGGAGCGGCACAACUUUGUACAGAUCCAAAUCUGUCAACCUGCGAAGAUUCACAGCCAGAUGCUACUAAUAUGACUAGUUCCCCGAAAAAAAAGAGAAAAAAGAAGAGGGGUAGAAUUGCGCUGAAGGAAAGUGGUGCUGAUACUUAUAGUACCAAUGCAGAGGUUGCUGUAAAAUACAAUUCUAUUACUGAAGCUGAAGGAUCAAGAUCGAUGAGUGUAGAGGAAAACUCCAUUGCUAGUAAUCUCGGAAAAGCUAAAGAGAAGGAAACAGAUGAAAACACUGAAGUCAAAGAGGACGUUCUUGGAGCAGGUGUAUGUGAUGUAAGGAGCAAAAAACGGAAGAGAAAGAAGAAGAAAGCAUCAUCUGCAGAUCACAAAACUGCAGAUAUGGAGGUCUGUGAGCCAUCAGGAUCAGUAGAGUGUUUGUUGGAUCCUUCCAACGAAAAAGUCAUGCAAAAUUGUGAUGAGAAUGGCAGAAAAGAGUUUGGGGGAGAGGAUAAGACAAGUAAAAUUGAAGAAUCUGCAACGAGAGAGAAAAGCGAAGUUCAGAAAUCUGGAAAACGUAAAGAAAUGACAAAAGAUGAAAAUAUUGAAUCUAAUCAGGAUGCACUUGGAGCAGAAGAUUGUUUGUUGCAUCAAUCAAGUAGAGAAUGCGUGCAAAAUUGUGAUGGGAAUGCUGAUGGGGAGAUUGCCAGUAAGGAUUUGGCUAGUAACAUUGAAGAUUCUGCAAAAGAUGUUAGUAAGGUUGAGGUCACAACAAAGAAAAGCAAGAAGAAGAAAAUUUUAUUAGAUCAUAAAACUGACAAUAUGGAGGAGGACAGUCAAAAGGAAAAUGAGAAUAAGGGAGAAGUUGAUCAGAAUGCUUUGGGAGCAGAAGGUGUUAGCAAGGUUGAGGUCAAAACAAAGAUGAGCAAGAAGAAGAAAAAUUCUUUAGAUAAUAAAACUGAUGAUAUGGAGGAGAAGGAUGAUGUUUCCUUACCUAGUAAAGAUGCAGAAUCAGAAUUUGACAGGGAAAAGCUUGAAACGUCUUUGUCAAGUUCUGUCUUAAUACAAAAUAAUGUGGCUCAAGUAGUUGCUUCAUCAGAAACUGGAGAUGUACCUAGAUGCUCAUGUGCAGGUCAACGUACCAGAAAGUUGGUUGUAUUUGAUUUGAAUGGAAUCCUUGCAGAUAUUGUUCAGGGGUUUACAGGUCCAUUUGUUCCAGAUGGUAAAGUAUCAUACGGAUCAGGUAAGAAAGAAUCAAUUUCAAUGUGGUCACUUGACCAGAACAAGUGCACUACAACGAAGUUUAAAACUCAGGAGAAUAACGAUAAACCUCUGUUCCUCAAGGAUCUACGAACAGUAUGGGACGGUUUUGGGACAUGCACCAGUUGUGGAAAGCGAAAGUACGAUGAGACGACAAGGCCUUGUCCACACACUGGAAUCCCGUACCAGUUCACAGACCGUCAAGAUUCUGCAUUGGGACGUGAGGGUGAGCUAAGGAAGUAUCUUGAAAGAUUAGCAGAUGCAGAGAAGGUUCAGAAGUUUGUAGCGGAGAAUCCAUUCGGUCAGACUGCCAUAACUGAGACACACGAGUCAUGGGAGUUUUACUCUAAGGUCGUCGAGGCACAUAAGAGAAGAAGAAGAAGAUCCAUUAAACGGAGGGCGAAGAGAAGAACGGAAUUAUUGAUUCCCGUUGCUCCACUCGAGCGAAUUAAGAUUCUUUUCCAGACCAGAAGGGACGAGUUUAAAAGGAUAGGACUUGUUGGAUCAAUCAACAAGAUUGGCAAAACUGAAGGUUUGAUGGGUUUCUACCGAGGGAAUGGUGCAAGUGUUGCUCGGAUAGUUCCCUAUGCAGCCCUUCAUUACAUGGCUUAUGAGGAAUACAGGAGAUGGAUCAUCUUCGGUUUCCCAGACACUACUCGAGGCCCUUUACUUACCCUCUUGACCUGGUCCGGACAAAGCUCGCUUAUCAAACUCAUAUGGAAUUCAGCAGUGCAGGUUGUUGGUUCAGCAAAGGCGCAAGUAAAAGCUAUUCCCUUGGAUCAAAUCGUAUACAGAGGAAUUGUAGAUUGUUUCUCGAGGGCAUACACAGAAUCUGGAUUCCGAGGCUUAUAUCGUGGUGUAGCUCCUUCUCUGUAUGCGAUCUUCCCUUAUGCUGGUUUGAAGUUCUACUUCUACGAGGAAAUGAAAUGCCAUGUCCCUGCUGAACAUAAGAAAGAUAUUUCCCUGAAACUCGUUUGUGGGUCAGUUGCUGGAUUGCUUGGUCAGACCUUAACAUACCCUCUCAAUGUUGUCCGGAGAAAAUGCAGGUUGAGAGACUAUAUUCAGCCGUUAAGGAAGAUACAAGAAGAGGAACAAUGCAAACCCUUUUCAAGAUUGCAAGAGAAGAAGGUUGUACCUUCCCUGGCAAUCGGCUUCACAGUGUAUGAUAUUAUGAAGCUGCACUUGAGAGUCCCGCCGCGAGAGGAACCUGAGGCAGAAGCUGUGACGACACGGAAAAGGAAAGUUUUCACCUAAUUCUAAGAUCAUCAUAUGAUCUGAUUCUUUGUGGUGUUUAAAACCUCAGAUUAUUUAUAAGAGAUUGUACAUUCCAUUUUUUAGUAGAGGAAAUUGAAGCUAACAUUCCUCCAAGUAAACUGUGUCAAGGACCUCUAUGUAAAUACAGAAUUGCUUAUAGU